AUGGAUAAAUUUCAGAGAGAAUUUAAGAGAGUACCGAGUAUCGAGGAAAUCGAUAGAAGCGAUCCGGUAGCUUGGUAUAGAGCUCGUAAUCAGUAUGUCAGAGAUAGAUGGAUCGAUCGAGAAGAGAUCCGAGUCUUAAGAGAGCGUAUGAGCGAAUGUACCAGGCGUCAAGGAGUCAAUGCAAAGAAAAAUUGUAGGCAAGAGAUGGUCGAUUAUAUGGAAGCUCUCACUGCAUACAAAGAGAAACAGUAUUUACUUGAACUCGUUAUGGUCCAACUCACUGAUGAUGUUAUCUAUUCUAUGCUAAUAGAAUUUAGCCCUAGAAACCCAAGAUGGGGAACGCUACCGGCAGGAUACGAAAUCAACAUCGACUAA